AAUCCGAGGGCUGCUUGAGGAUCUCGGACAGGAUGGCUCUGCGCUCUGCGCCCCUCUGGGUCCUGGUGCUGCUGGCGGUCGCCCUACGGGAGAGCUGCGUUGGCGCCUCCUCCCACUACCUGAAGUAUUUGGCCACCGGCAUCUGGAAGCCCGGUCAGAGGCUGCCCCACUUUGUGUCUCUGGGGUUUGUGGAUAAUCACAUCAAUUCCUACAAGAGCAACAGCCGGGAGGAGCAGCCUCGAGUCUCCUGUAUUCAGAAGGUGGGGAAGAAGGAUCUCCAGUACUGGGAGAGAAACAACAAGAUAUUACAUAGCGCUAAUAAGGCAUUCAGAGAUGGCCUGGAGUGUCACUACAAUCAGAGUGAAGGCCCUCACAUAAUACAGCAGAUGUAUGGCUGUGAGCUACGGAGAGACGGGAGCAAAGGAGGGUUUCUACAGUAUGGCUUUAACGGGAGGACCUUCCUCACCUUCGACAAGGAGACCCUCACCUGGGUGGCUCCCGUCCCCCAGGCCCAGAUCACCCAGAGGACAUGGGACGGUAUUCCAGGAUGGAAUAAGAGAGUUAAGUCCUACCUGGAGGAAAUCUGCAUUGAGUGCCUAGAGGAGUACCUGUCCUACGGGAAUGAGACGCUGCUGAGGACAG